AUUCUUGCGUCCGUCACGCAACGGCUUAACGGACGCUCGCUUACUAUGAAUACACCACAAUCGAUGAUGCUCGGAUGGGGAUCGCUUUGCGUCGCUGCAGGAGUGGCAUACUAUUGGGCCAAAGGAGACAUAAACGAGCGUAGGCGAGAGCAGUUCAAGGCAGGCACGCGCAACGAUGACCGACGAGAAUGGUACGAUCGGUUAGACGAUAAGGAAAAGAAGACGGUGAAGACAAAGUUGGGCGGCGUGCCACCUUCUGAUAAGAGCGCGGCUGCCGAUCCGGCGCUCUCAUUUCUCGGCUCUACUCAUCUCGUCUCGGCCAAACCUUCUAUCGGUGGCCGUCGCGCAGAGCUGCUCAGCAAGAGACGAGCGGACUGCGAGCGGGAUCGCUGGACGGACGCAUCGAGGCCAUUUUGAGAAUGCCGCAGUUGAUGACACAUUUGGGUUGUAAGGGGCUUUCGAUCAUAUUGCUGUUGUACUUCAAUCGCAGACUGCAUCACAUGAACAGAC